AUGUCUUCCAACGAGAACAACGAGAAUCCUAGCUUUGUCGGUGGCAUCGGCAGUGCCCUCGGCAAGACAGUGGGCGGCGUGACCGACACCGUGGGAAAUACCGUGAGCGGCCUAGGCAACACUGCCGGCACUGCAGUUCAGGGAAUCGGCCAGACAGUGAGCGGAGCUACUGAAGGGCUCGGCAAUGCGACCAAGGGCGCUGGCCAGUUUGCCAACAAGGCCGUUGGCGGGUCCAGCGAGAAGAAGACGGAGGAGGGAUCCUCUAGUCAAGCCUAA